GAGAAAGCUGCAGACUUUCUCUCCUGAAUGAACAAUCCUGUUUGUGACUUUACCGCGCCUUUUUUAUUAAUUAAAGUACCAAUUUUGAACCUCCAGAGACUCCAUUUAGUCUCCUUUUUAAGCUUCUCUUUCCUUGACGCUGAGAAUAAGAACACAGUUAACAAUUGGAAUGACCCCUGACGUGAUUCUCGUUGCACCGGGAGAGAGUAUACACGCGGCUGUUGUCCGGAGCCGCUGGCAAACCCGUUCGACACACAGAGAGCUCAAACUACGGUAAAGAAGAAGCCUGUUACGUCAAAAUUCUUCAAUAGUUUAUGCAGAACAAUCUUAGGACUGUGUGUUGGACGGCUGCUUCCGGUUCCUGAAAAUAGCUGGGAAAUUAAUGUUAAAACAACCAAAUUUAUAACAAUAAGAAUUCCAUAACACGUGGCGUUGCAUUUUCACAAGCAGGGUGAAUUCAAAUUUCUUCUUUUUCUUACAUUUAACCCUGCAUGCUAUUCGUUUGUCUGUUAUUACAUGUCGGCAGAAGGCUAAUUGCUCCAAGAAGUGUUUUUUGUUACGUUUUAAGUUAACGUGAAUGGUUUGAGGCAAUUUAGCAGUCGGGAUUGCUUGAGACAAAGAACACAAUCACAGUGGAAGCUGAGAACAUUACGGAAGGUGGAGAGGUUUUUUCAACUGUCACAAGAUGGACGAGCUAUCUGACUAUUUAAGGUCACGACAUGUACCUGAGGAAGACAUACAGCGAAUGGAACAGGAGAAGAUGGAUUCCAGUGUCAUAACUCUCAUGACAGAUGACCAGCUGAGAGAGUAUCUGCCAUCCUAUGGUGAUCGACUGGCUGUUUUUGGAUACUGUAGACGGAAGGAAAAAGAACCCACGAGUCGCAAGUCAAAGCUCUUUGAGCGACUUAGAGGAAAGCUCUCAAGAAACAAAGGUGAUCAUGUGUCUGAGACAGACCAUCAAACCGCUCCAAAGAAUGCUCAGAAGAAUCAAAGAAAGAUUGAAAUUGGAUGGGUGCAUUUCAGAGAAGGGGAAUUUGUGCAGGUACGCACCAAAAAGGGUGGGGGGACCAGAAAAGAGAGUGUCAUGAAGGACAGUACAAAAUAGAACCUAAUUGAAAAGGCUGUGCAGUUGUUUUUUCCAGAUGGAAAAAAUGCAGAGGGGAGCCUUACUGAUUUUGACAUUGAUUUAACGGACUUUCAGCGUCAUUCAUUAGAGGAUAGUAUCACAGUCAAGGAACUGUAUGAAAAGACAAAAUUACCUCUCUUACGUUUCUAUUUAACAACCAAGAAGAGAGACAUUGCCAGUGACAUCAAUCUGGUGGAAAACAAUAGUGAUGCAACUGCUCAAGAAGGUGAAAACACACAUGCCAGACCUGAUAUCUAUCACCUCUCUACAGACACAUCUGUAAGAGAUCCGGUGGAGAUAAGGACUUCAGAUGUCAUUUUUGUUGGAAGCAGCACAGUUUUUGCAAAUGAAAACAGUGAUAGUGUUUCCCUUCUUUACACCACAGUCAACCCAACUGAUGCAUCCAGUUUGCAAGAACAUGAAACACUGUUUCAUGUUGGUGCUUUAGAUGAUAGUGGCAUUGUAACUUUCCGCACAGACAGCAUCUCUCUGAUGGAGUACUCCAGUCUUGAUGAUACAUUGCCUCUCUCUACGGAACUGUCUAUUGAAUCAUCCAUGCCUCCUUCAAUGGAUAUGUUUCAGGAACAAGCCAAUCAGAGAGAAAGAGUGAAGAAAAUUAUUGUUCUUCAUCGUGGACAGAUUCUCAGAGAACUUAUUCUAGUGUUUUCUGAGGAAAAUAUCAUGGAGAAUGACUUUCACUUCCAAGUUAUUCUUCCCGAUGGAAAGCUUGAAAAUGCUGUGGAUGAUGGAGGUGUUAUGAGGGAUAUACUGUCCGAAUUUUGGAAUGACUUUUAUGAGCAGUGCACUAUGGGAAAUGGCUUCAAAGUGCCAUACCUGCGUCAUGAUUUUGGUAAACAAGAAUGGGAAAGUGUAGGCCGAAUAAUCACAUUUGGCUGGCAAAAAGAGAAGUACCUUCCUGUUAAACUUUCACCUGUACUUCUGGAGCAAGCUGUUUUGGGCUUUGUUGUGAGUGAUCUUGUGGACAGCUUUCUCAAGUAUGUGUCAGAGUCUGAGCGGGUGAUCUUUGAAUCUUGUCGUUCAGAUUUUGAAGGUGUGGACCAAGAAGAAUUGUUGGAAAUCAUGGAUAUCCACAACUGCCGGCGGCUUCCAACAGCAGAUAACUUUGAGCAAAUCUUGAAGGAGAUUGCUCACCAAAAACUGAUUCAAGAGCCUGCUUUUGUGAUUGAACAGUGGAACAACACACUUGCACCUCUUAGAUCAGAGCUGAAAGGGAUUGCAGCAGUCUAUGAAGAGCUACAACCAACAUCAAGAAAGAUCAUGAGAUCAAUGACUUACCCCAGUACACAGAAUGCCCAGGAGAAACAAAUGGUCAAGUAUGUUAGUGCAUAUCUUAGAGAGUCAGACACCCAGCACCUCUCCCUUUUCCUCAGAUUUUGCACAGGAUCAGAUUUGUUCACAGGAAAGAGCAUCACUGUCAGCUUCACACAACUUCAGGGAUUUCAAAGAAGACCUGUUGCUCAUACAUGUGGCUGUUACUUGGAGUUGCCAGUCAGUUACGACCACUACCCAGAUUUUCGAAAUGAAAUGAACAAAGUCUUAGAUAGCAACGUGUGGGUAAUGGAUAUUGUCUAAGAUACAAAGAUUUCAGCUUACAGCAACUAGACUGCAAUCAGAGGUUCACGUUUAGGAUUUGUAGGUUAUCCAGAUUAUUGUGAAGGAAGUAAUCCAGCUUGUUUAACCUUCCUGAGUGUCACCGCAUCAACAUCUUGUCAAUAUUUCUUUACUGCUUUUAGCCACUUUUGUUGAACAUUGUUUUCAGUUUAAGAACAUGUUUACGUUUCAAUGCAGAUAACUUUCUGUGAAUACCUCAGUUAAGGAAGUAGUUUAAGAUUGAUGGUUUAUAUUGCUAGACUUCACUAAUAACCUGAGUCUAAAUCAGUUAUUUCAGACAACAAUGUAUAUAUUCCUUUGUUAAGCACUAUUCUAUUCAGAUGCUGUUCUUGUUAUUUACCAAAAGACAGUUUGGCAUUUAAACCACUCAUAAACGUAUCGAUGGAUUACGAUUAAAGGCUGCUGAUACUGUAGCAAGUUAAAUUAAAAUGCAGUCAAAAUGAAAACAGCAAUUUUGAUUUCAGAGGUUUAUUGAAGUCUGCCAGCUGAUUGGUUGGAUUCAGAUAAAUGGAGCAUGAAUGAAAACAGCAAUUUUGUAUGCUAUCUGUUUAAAUAAUUGAAUAAAUAAUUAUUAAA